UACAGAAAGAUUCACGCGACAGGGUUGACAUUCAUUUUUGAAGAUGCUUAGCGUUGCCCUGGUGUGUGUGUGUGCGGUCGUCUGCGGACAGGUCAGCGGAGCGUCAGCCCGCACUGAUAACGGCAAUUUUCUUGACGACAAAUGGCUGACCGGACGAUGGGAUAAAUUUCGAGACGAGGUGGAGGAGCCGGGAACGUGGAAUCCUGGAAAACCCUUUGAUCAAGCUCUGGACCCUGCCAAAGAUCCAUGCCAGAAGAUCAAAUGUGGCCGUCAUAAAGUGUGUGUGGCAGAGGAUUAUCAAACUCCCACCUGUGUCAGUCAGCGCAGGGUUAGUUUUAAGGAUGUAAGUGUAAGGCCCUCGGUGAUGAAGUGUAAAAGGUGUCCUGUUGUUCACCCCGCACCUGUGUGUGGCACGGACGGUCACACUUACUCCACCAAGUGUAAACUGGACUAUCAGGCAUGCAUUUCAGGGAAGCAGAUUUCAGUUAAAUGUACAGGACAGUGUCCCUGCCCAACUCAGAUCACGCAGAACUCAGCCGAGAACAACGAAUGCACUGAUACAGAAAUUAAAGGAGUGGUAAGCAAGCUGAGAGACUGGUUCAAAGUGCUCUACGAAAAUGGAAACACAAACAAGAAGCUCAAGUUCCAAAGACCAGAGAAAAAGUUAGACAUGAGUAAACAGGCCAUCUGUAAGGAUUCACUGGGCUGGAUGUUCACUCGUUUGGACACAAACUUUGACCUGAUGCUGGACCAAUCAGAAUUGUCCAGUCUGUCACUGGAUAAGAGUGACCCCUGCACCAAAGCCUUCCUCCAGUCCUGUGACACCUUCCCUGACCAACUCAUCUCCAGCAACGAGUGGUGCUCCUGUUUCCAGAGACAGCAAGAUUCCCCCUGUCAAUCAGAGAUCGCCAGCAUCAACACACAACAGGCCGGGAAAAAACUACUGGGUCAGUACAUCCCAGCGUGUGAUGAGGAUGGUUUUUAUAAAACACAUCAGUGCCAUGGCAGCAGUGGACAGUGCUGGUGUGUUGAUCGCUAUGGAAACGAGGUCGCAGGGUCACGCACUCAUGGUCCAGCCAACUGUGGUUCCCUGAUAGAAUCUUCCGGAGACUUCGGCAGCGGAGACGCUUUGCUCUCUGACGACGAAGACUCCGACUUUCUGAACGACGAAGAGGAGGCCGGCGACGACGACGACUACGACGAGUAUGAUGAAGAUGACGAUGAGGACGGAGGAUACCUGUCGUAAUAACGAAACAGAAAUGAAAGAAAGAAAGAAAAAAAGAAAGAGAGAGAGGGGGCUCAAAAGAAAAGACACUUUUAUUUUUGGUCAAAAUGCACGCGUCUAAGCCACAACAGCAGGCUGGGAAGUGUACUAACCUUUACUAACACGACUCACCCCUGGGUCUGUCUCUCUCUCACUGUCCGUCAUCUCCACAGAUUAAAUCCCAGUGCUCCCGCUAAUCUCAUUUCCAUGUUCUGUUCUGCCGUUUUGAUCAAAGGUAAAAGUAGGUAAUUGUCGUC